CACUUCUUAUUAUUAGUAUUAGAGUAUGAGAUAAUAAUCCUAAGAAUUGGAUCCAUAUGCUUAUUCCGAUCGGAAAUGAAAUAGUAGAUUAUUCAGCGAAUGACUAUUCAUAUAUUGUAUUGUAUUUCCAAACAGGAGGCGGAGGGGCUUUAUGGAAAAAUGGUGGUUAAAUUCAAUGUUGUCUAAUGAGGAUUUAGGGCGCAGGUGUGGACUAAGUGCGAGUCUUGGCCCUAUUGGAAAUACCAGCGGGAGUGAAGAACCCAUUAUAAAUGAUAGUGAGAAAAACGUUAAUAGUUGGAGUGGUAGGGGCAGUUAUAGUUGCAGUAAUGUUGAUUAUUUACUCAACUUGGGCGGUGUCAAGGACGUUUGGAGUCUCAUCUCUGGUGAGACUUUUUGGGUUAGGGAUAGUAAUGGUGACAGUUAUUCCAUAUAUUUCGAUAUUGAAAAUCAGAUUUUUGAGAUUGACACUGAUAGUUACUUUCUGGGUGAACUAGAAAGUUUAUUUUCUAGUUAUCUGAAUCUAAAUAAUGGGUCUAAGAGUUACAAUCGCUAUUAUGAUCAUUACGUGUAUGAUACUAGGCAUAGUUGGAAGAGUCACAUAAAUAGUUGCAUUGACAGUUAUAUUCGUUCUGAAACCAAUAUGGAUAGUUGCAUUCCAAAUGGUAGCAACAAUUCAAGUGACAAUUACAUUUAUAGUUACAUUUGUAGCGAUAGUGAAAGGGGUAGUGACCGUGGGAGCUCCAAUCUAAAAACUAGUGGUGUUAGUGACAGUGAUUUCGGAAGACAUAAUGAUUUAGAUAGAAAUAAAAGAUACAGACAUUUAUGGGUUCAAUGUGAAAAUUGUUAUGGAUUAAAUUAUAAGAAAUUUUUUAGUUCAAAAAUGAAUAUUUGUGAACAAUGUGGAUACCACUUGAAAAUGAGUAGCUCAGAUAGAAUCGAACUUUUGAUUGAUCCAGGCACUUGGGCCCCUAUGGAUGAAAACAUGGUCUCUAUGGACCCUAUUGAAUUUCAUUCUGAGGAGGACCCUUAUAGGGAUCGUAUCAAUUCUUAUCAAAUAGAGACGGGUUUGGCUGAGGCUGUUCAAACAGGCAUAGGCAAACUCAAUGGUAUUCCUAUAGCAAUUGGUGUUAUGGAUUUUAAGUUCAUGGGGGGUAGUAUGGGAUCCGUAGUAGGCGAGAAAAUUACACGUUUGAUCGAGUAUGCUACUGAUAGAUCUCUCCCAGUUAUUAUGGUGUGUGCUUCUGGAGGAGCGCGCAUGCAAGAAGGAAGUUUGAGCUUGAUGCAAAUGGCUAAAAUAUCUUCCGCUUUAUACAAUUAUCAAUCAAAUAAAAAAUUAUUCUAUGUAUCAAUCCUUACAUCCCCUACAACUGGUGGAGUGACAGCCAGUUUUGGUAUGUUGGGAGAUAUCAUUAUUGCCGAACCCAAUGCUUACAUUGCAUUCGCGGGUAAAAGAGUAAUUGAACAAACAUUGAAGAAGACAGUACCUGAGGGUUCACAAGUAGCGGAGUAUUUAUUCAAUAAGGGUUUAUUUGAUCCAAUCGUACCGCGUAAUCUUUUAAAAGGUGUUCCGAGUGAGUUAUUUCAGUUCCAUGGGUUCUUUCCCCGCCCUUGAACUUGAACCAAAGAAAUUCAAGUCAAAAAAGUAGUAGAGCGAUAGAUUUAGUUAUUUGUAGGCAAAAAAGUAGUUCAUUUCGUUUAUCAGAAUUGAAGUAGCAAGGAUGGAGCUUUCUUUGCUGGCAUAAAGACAAUUUGUAAUUGUAGUGAAGUAGUAAGAAUCAGAAGUUUCAGAGGAUUUUUUCUCCAGAUCCAUCUUUUCUUUUAUCCUACCUUUACUAAUGAGUAAUCAGAUCAGGGACGGACCCUUUAGCAACAGAGCAGGAUAAAAGAUCAAAGUAGUGUCUUUUUCCUUCGGAGAAAUCCAAAUUAGAGAAAUCCAAAAAAGCCCCCUUCCCCUUGUUACAUAUCAAAUGUUCCAACCUAACUAAGAUAUAGAAAUCAAUAUGCAACACUUCUAUAUCUCCCGAGAAUCAUACAUUUGUAAUAUGAAUCCUUGUUGGAUCAAAUUAUAACGAAUCCUUGAGAAGAAAUUUGUUUAGAAACAUAAGGGAGGAAUAAGAAUAAUAAGAUUCUCUUCUCAUACAUAUAUUUCCCGGAAAAGGAUGGGUAAGUACACUAAUUUCUAUUUAGUUUAGAUCCACAUUCUUUGCACUCAUAUUCUAAUAACUUAGAAUAUUAUAUUAAUAUACUUAUAAUUAUAAUAUAUAAUUAUAAUAGAUAUCUUUAUAACAAAGAGAAGUAUCAAUUAAAUACACCGAGGCACCGAUUCUAUGACAGAUCUCAACUUACCCUCUAUUUUUGUGCCUUUAGUAGGCCUAUUAUUUCCGGCAAUUGCAAUGGUUUCUUUAUUUUUCCAUGUUCAAAAAAACAAGAUUGUCUAGAUAUGAUGGGCUCCAAUCUCAUCAAUUUAUUUCAAUCUUUGGAUCAUAAUACAGAUUUUCAUUUCAUUUAAUGGGAAUGGUACGACAUGCGGCUUCGGACUUCGGACACAAACCACAAAUGUAAAUAGAUGAUCAUAUGGAUCAAUCCAUGUUUAUGCAUCUAUAGCUCGACUUUUAUUUCAACGGGUCGAUCGGAUAUCUGGAAUAUAUAUUAUGUAUGAUAAUGAUAUGUAAAUAGAUAUAUCUAGAUCAUAUGAAUGAGGGUGAUGCUAGUUUGAAUGGGUGGAGAUGUUAGUUCUAUCUAACUGAUUUGAUGAAUGAAUCCUGAUUGAUGAUUUACAUCGUGAUAGUAUUAGCGGAUGAAAGUUACUUUGGGAGCCAAAAAACUCAUUUUGAUGAUUCUCUCAAUUCCAAUAGAAUGAAACUCGAUCUAAUCUAGUAUGAAUUGGCGAUCAGAACAUAUAUGGAUAGAACUUAUAACGGGUUCUAGAAAAAUAAGUAACUUCUGCUGGGCCUGUAUCCUUUUUUUAGGUUCACUAGGAUUUUUAUUGGUUGGAACUUCCAGUUAUUUUGGUAGGAAUCUGAUAUCCUUAUUCCCAUCUCAGCAAAUCGUUUUUUUUCCACAAGGGAUCGUAAUGUGUUUCUACGGUAUCGCGGGUCUAUUCAUUAGCUCCUAUUUGUGGUGCACAAUUUUGUGGAGUGUAGGUAGCGGUUAUGACAAAUUCGAUAGAAAAGAAGGAAUAGUGUGUAUUUUUCGUUGGGGAUUUCCUGGAAGAAAUCGUCGCAUCUUCUUUCGAUUCCGUAUAAGAGAUAUCCGUUCGAUCAGAAUAGAAGUGAAAGAGGGUCUUUUUCCUCGCCGUGUCCUUUAUAUGGAAAUUGGGGGCCGGGGAGACAUUCCAUUGACGCGUACCGAUGAGAAUUUAACUCCACGAGAAAUUGAACAAAAAGCUGCCGAAUCGGCCUAUUUUUUGCGCGUACCAAUUGAAGUAUUUUGAAAUGAAACAAAGAAAUCGAGGAAUGAGUGCUCCUCGUCACGAGGGAGAGGGAGGGAACCCAAGAAUCCCUUUUUCUUUUUUUCUUUUAAUAUAACUAUAACUGAUGUUUCGCUCCUUUGAUGAAAACAUUUAGUUAAAUCCUAUUUCCCACAUCCCGAUGGAAAUACCAUGUCCUGCGUACCAUGGAGCAGGUGGACUUAUGGAACAAUCAUACCAUGAAGUGAUUUUAGUCCAUCAAAACUAUUUUUCAUGCGUAUGAAAUUCCACUGAAUUCUUUCAUUUUCAUAUUAUUAACAAGUUUCAUAAGUAUGUAUUCAUCACAUAUAUCAGGUCAGAGUACAGAAUCCAUAUUUUAGGAUUUUAGGACCAAUAUUUCGAAUCAAUACAUUACAUUAUAUAUAGAUGAAGAUAAGAAUAGAUGAAGAUAAGAUGGAUCAUACCCAGUAAAUUAUCCCUCUUUUGUCACCUUUCUUUUUAUUCAUCUUUCUUAAUGCUUGUUUCUUGAUGACCAAACAAUUGGAUUUUUUAGAACCACUCCCGUUUUGCCGACUAUUUCGGAUUUCAUCAUCGGUAUUUUUCAGAAUUAUCCCCUCGAUUAUUCCUGGGAUGUGGAUAAUCAGUGAAACAAUUCGAAAUAAUUGAUUGAUAUAACAAAAGAGUUUUUCUCGAAAUACGAAUAAUAUUCAUGUUUGUUACUUCAAGUGCUUCUUUCUGGCAUUCAUCAAAAAGACCAAAUGAACAUGCAAUUGAUCCGAAUUUGACCGAUUGAGAUGUCUGGGGCCACUAUUUCAUUACCUCCGCAUUCGAAAUAAAUUAACCCUUAUUCCAUUUCUGGAGACAAGGACUAAACAAAUUACACAAUGGAAAAUAGAUCCAUAGGUUCCAUACCUCGUUAUAGAACUCGUGCUUCAUACAUCAUACAAAUAUCAGACAUAGUCAACAAAUGAAUCAGGUUCAUUAACAAUUCACGGAUUGGAAGUGACGAAAAAGAAAGCAUUGAAUCCCCUACCAUAUCUUGCAUCUAUCGUAUUUCUGCCUUGGGGAAUUUCUCUCUCAUUUAAUAAAAGUAUGGAACCUUGGGUGACUAAUUGGUGGAAUACCAGCCAAUCCGAAACUUUUUUGAAUGAUAUUCAAGAAAAGAACAUUCUAGAAGGAUUCAUCAAAUUAGAAGAACUUUUCUUGUUGGACGAAAUGAUAAAGGAGUAUCCGGAGACACAUAUACAAAAGCUUCGUAUAGGAAUCCACAAAGAAACGAUACAAUUGGUAAGAAUGCACAAUCAAGAUCAUAUACAUAUUAUUUUGCAUUUCUCGACAAAUAUAACCUGUUUCGCUAUUCUAAGUGCUUAUUCUAUUCUGGGUAAUGAAGAACUUAUCACUCUGAAUUCUUGGGUUCAGGAAUUCCUCUAUAACUUAAGCGACACAAUAAAAGCUUUUUCCAUUCUCUUAUUAACCGAUUUAUGUAUUGGAUUCCAUUCGCCCCACGCUUGGGAACUAAUGAUUGGUUCGUUCUACAAAGAUUUUGGAUUUGUUCAGAAUGAUAAAAUUAUAUCCGGUCUCGUUUCUACCUUUCCGGUCAUUCUAGAUACAAUUUUGAAAUAUUGGAUCUUUCAUUAUUUAAACCGUGUAUCUCCUUCACUUGUAGUGAUUUAUCAUUCACUGAAUGAGUGAAGAACUGAUUUAAUCUGAUAACAUAAAGAAAAUUGUAAUGUCACUUUGUAUAUAAACAAACCAUUCAAAAUCUUACUCAUUCUUUAUGCUUUGACUCGUCGAGGGGAUUAGAUUACUUCUGUAUUCCAUACAAUGGCAGAAUCGGGGAUAGGGAACUAUACUGACUCCCUACCUAAUUUAUUGUAGAAAUUUCCGGGAUCAAUGAUUAGACCAUGCAAAAAAUAGAAAUACUUUUUCUUGG